AUGCCUUCAAAGAGUAUUCCGAUUUUUAGUCCAAGCUUUAAGUAUAUCAAAAUUGGCCCAGAUGCUCGUUUGGCCGAUGAAGAUGGCGAAGUUUCCGUUGUUCAUGUGGGGGAAUUUCCAUUGAAAAGUGAACCAACUUCAAUAAUCUCCUGGUGUCCCAAAAUGAACUUGCUACUUAUGACCAGAGAUAAAAGUAAAAUCCACUGUUUCCGUAUGCGUGGUGAAGAAAUUUACACAGUUGACAACGGUUCCGAAAUCAGAGGUAUAACUUGUCAUGAAAAGAAUUUCUGUUUGUCAGGGGCAAACAAGACUGUAAAGAUAUACGAUUCAAAUGAUGGCAAAUUGGUCAAGAAAUUGGACCACGAGUUCAGUAAAAUUGAGUUCAUUCAUUGGUCAAAUACCAUCUACAGGUUGCAAAACAAAGUACUCAAAAGUUUACCGGCCAUUUACAAUGAUAUAUCCUACAAUUUGGAUUACUUGGUGACACAGGACAGGAAUUCCAUCACCUUCACCUUCAACAAAGUGCUAAAUAUCAAUAUUGUUACCGAAUACCAAAUCAGACUGCAGGUGCUGCCAGCUUUGUUUGAGCAAGUGUAUCUUGACGAAAACAACCAGAUAAUAAGAAUCGACAUCCCUACUGAAUCAAGACAAGCUUAUGCAGAUCUGAUGACUCUACUAUGUCAAACAAUUGAAUAUUUGGAAAGAUCUAAAACAACGUUGAACGAAGUCGAAAAAGAAAUCAAGUCGUUCUACAUUGCCAUCAAUAGAUACUUGUCAAAUUUGGAAACUGAAGUCAAGGGUAACUUGUUACAAAACUUGAGUGACAUGUUGCUCACGGGUAAUAUACCUGAUGAAACUAAAGACUUUUGGGUUAAUCAAUUUGGAGAACGUGGAUUCAAAAAAAUGGACAAGUUGUGCGAAAACGCCUUUGAACAAUGUCAUAGAAAGGUUUUCCAAUAUUUGAUUGCCCCGAUGGAAAGAGUGAUCUUGUUACUAUCUGAGUUGGAGGGAACCAGCAAGUGGAGGAAUGCUAUAGAACUCGACUUGAGCGAUAUCGCCAAUCUUAUAAAACAAUGUCAAACUGAAUUGAAAACUUAUACUCAGUUCAUGUGGGACUUAAAGGAGGAGAAAGAGCACUAUGUUGAAUUUUUCAACUGGUGGAAGGAAAUUGUCGAUAAAUUUGCAGACAAGGAAACCACUACAACAGCAUCCACAUCAAGCUUGUUGGAAUUUCUUCAUUCAAACUUGCUACAAUCAAAAGUGUUGCAAUAUAUUACAAAUGACUUUGAUACAAUCAAAUACGCAGGCGAGAGUCAACUAUUGAGCGACUCUCAGCAAGAAAUCUCAGCCUCAUUCCAGAUUCUUUUAGAUCAAGUGGAUGAGUAUCAUCAGUCACAUGUCGAAAUAUACCUAGAAACCGAAAUUUACCAUCCAACUCUUUCUUGGGAAAUUCGAGGUUCUACUUGGGGACUUCAAACUGUUGAAGCAAGUCUCGACCUCAAUACCAAGAAAUUGAGUGUGUCGAGACCAAAUGAUGUCGAGAUUGAUACUGUGUCCGGUGCCAAAGCAUUUGAAUUUAGAGAGAAGGACUUGGUUGUGUUGGCAAAGGAUGGGCUUUACAUUCUUGAUCAUGCUCAAACUGUACCAACUCCAUUGCCUGAACUUCCAUUUGAGCCAGAGCAUUUAGCUGUCAAUUCGAAAUUUAUUUGGAUAACUGAUAAAGAUAAGGUCCAUUAUGCUGUAUUGAAGUUGACGUCGUAG